CAUCUGCUUGUACGUUGUGUUCACGGGUCAUUGCAGUCACAUGAGGAGCUUGAAGUGAAACAUAUCCCAACUGCUGGCAGACAGAUUCACAACAAGAGCAAGAUGAUUGCUGUGUUGGUGCUGCUCAUGGCAGGGCUGGUCUCCAGCGCUGUAAUCUGUCCUGACGGAACACAAUGUCAGGACAAAAACACCUGCUGUCUAACUGAGAAGGGAUAUGCCUGCUGCCCAUAUCCUAAUGCUGUCUGUUGUCUGGACAAGGCCCACUGCUGUCCAGAAGACUACCACUGUAACCUGCAGACUCAACAUUGUGAGAAACAGAGGUUUCCAUGGUACAGCUUCCCAAUGUCCCCUCAGAUAACUGCUGAGGAAACAGAAGAAAAGCCUCCCUCUCCUGCAGUGGAUAUGUCCAGCCUUUCUGCAUCUGUGGUGCAUUGUGACAGCUAUCAUGUCUGCCCUGAUGGUACAACGUGCUGCAGGUCCCCCUAUGGCACGUGGACCUGCUGCGUGUUCAAUAUAGGCCAGUGCUGUCCUGAUGGCAUCCAUUGCUGUCCAUUUGGUUACCACUGUGACUACACGUCCACUCACUGCCUGCGGGGAAAGCUGAGCCUGCCUGCUUCUCCUCGGAUACCUGCCACGUUCAACAGCACCAAGCAGGAUCAGUGCUGUCUGAGUGAGACGGGCUGCUGUCCCCAAGGGUUCCACUGUGAUGAGGAGAGCAGAACCUGUGUAAAUGACUUUGAAAAGUUGAUUCCAGCGGUUCCUCUGAUGCAGACUUCAGACAGCCAGGUCAAGGCUGGGGUCAUACGCUGCAAUACCCGCUUCUAUUGCCCAGCUGCAUACACCUGCUGCAGGACACCAACUGGCCAGUUUGGAUGUUGUCCAUAUCGUCUGGGUGUGUGCUGUAAGGAUGGAAAGCACUGCUGUGAUUAUGGCUACAAGUGCAGCCCAUCAUCCUCCCAGUGCACAAAAGGCUACACAAGCAUCCCUGCUCGUCCCAAGAAAAAGGCACUGAUCCUCUAAACCCAUGCACUGAUAUAGAUCUCUAAAAGGAAGACUAUUAUCCAUAUAAGGAAUAAAGCAGGGAGCAUGCACUGAUAAAUCAUUUAUUACUCUUUUGAGGUACAUUUUGCCUCUCCAAAUCAAUGUGUCUGCUUAUUUGGUCAAUAAUCUUUAAUGUCUCAGGAUUUUUUCUUUCCAAAGAUAAUCAGCUUUUUUUUACACGAAUCAAGAUUCUGCUUUUAGACUAAUAUAAGAAUUACACACUCAGUCAUACAACAUAAUGCAGUAGUGUAUCAGGCAGUAGUGUCUACAUACAUCACUGUUACUGCUUGAGAGUUGACCACCACUGCAAAAUACCCAGCCAAGAGCAGCUCUGUAGUUACUGACCAUUGUUGAAUGAAGGAUGUGCAGUGAUCAACACCAGCAAGGCGCAGCUGAUCUAAUAUGGCUGUAUAAUGUUGUGAGAAAAAAGUGUGAAAAAACAUUUGAAAUGAUCUGAUUUUCUACAGAACCUGCUACCAAAAUGUGCUCUAAUACUCCUGUUAUAUCAUCCUAAUGAAUAAAGACAAAAUGAGCCACGAUUGUUCAAACCAUUUGUUCGAUCUGGCGCUAUAAAACUG